AUGAAUUUCGCUGCUACGCCUGGGCACCCAGUCCCACCGGGCAAAUAUCCGCGUGUCGCCCUAGAGUUGCAGCGGCAGGUGCUGAUGAAGUUUAGACCAGACCCACCGAAUCCGGCUAAGGGAAAAGGCUUCGGCAAGGGCGGAAAGGGAAUGAUGGGCAUGGGCAUGAUGGGCGACUGGAUGAUGGGCGGCUGGGGCGAUUGGGGAAUGGACUGGGGCAUGAUGGACAUGAUGGCCUGUUCCUCAGACUGUGCAUACGAAUCGCGUAGAGUCAUGCCAGGUCAACCUGAACUCCGGGGAAGACAAGGUUCCAAAGAUCUAUCCGAAGAGAUCGAGAACCUGUGGGCCGAUCGCCUUAGUUCUGUGGCGCAGCAAGUGCAGCAGCACCUCGCAGAUCUGCACAAGCAGCUGUGCGCUGACCACCGUCUGGCGGUGCAUGGACUGCAGAUUCAGGCUGACAAGGCCAUGGGCCACGAGUUGUCGAAGGAUGGCAGCAGCUCGCCAUUGAGCCGGAGGUCUCCAGCGCGUACGGUGACACUGGGAAUGGGACGAGCAGGGCUGCCGAGGAGAAGUGGUACAGCAGAAAUUUCGCAUCAUGGCUCCGAGGAUGCGGAGGUGGAUUUGUCAACGUUCAGCCUGAGAUCCCACAUGAAGUCUGGUAACACUCUCAUCGACGUCUGGCCCGUGUGGAAGGAUGAUGCAGAGGGUGCCGACUUGAUUCGGGACAUGGCCAAAGAGAAGUCCAUGCUGGUCAAGGCGCAGCAGCAAAUUGGGUCUGAGAGCCUGAAUCCCCAGCUCCUUCGGUGCGGGACGUCGCUGCCAGAGAUAACGGUGGAAUCGUGGGCAAUCAGGCCCUCAAGCUUGAAGUUCCUCGUUUGGAACUUUCUGUUCCUAGUCGUCUUAUUCUACGACUGCGUGAGUUUCCCACUCUCGGCCUUCAACAUCGAGCACCUCUUCGUCCUUCCAAACAUGGUUGCGGCUUCAUUCUGGACGGCGGACUUUAUCCUGUCUUUCUUCGUUGGGUACGAUACUGCAGAUGGGCAAGUGGAAACACGCUUGGUCAAGACGGCGGGCCGCUAUGCCAGGACUUGGAUGCUCCCAGAUCUGGUUGUCAUCGUGGUGGACUGGAUCAUGCUGGCUUCAGCACUUGGCUCUCAACUUGAAGACACCGGCAGCACAAACCCGGCAGGCUUUGCACGAAUCGGAAAAUCCGUUCGCUACAUGAGGAUCAUGAGGGUUAUGCGGCUGCUUCGUCUCCGAAGGUUUCAGGAGGCUCUCCACCAGUUUGACGAGUUCAUAAAUAUUCAGUACUUCUCCAUCAUCCAAAAGCUCAUCAUGAAUAUGGUGUGGAUCCUGUUGUUAUCUCACUUCAUCGGGUGCGGCUGGUAUGCUAUUGGUAUGGAGAUGCUCGACGAGAACGUGAUCGAGGCAUCCUGGGUAUCGGCCAAUGGUCUGGUGGGGGAGCAGCUGAUGUACAAGUAUUUGACGUCCUUGCACUGGUCGAUCACACAGUUCACGCCCGGGUCGAUGAACGUCCAACCCGUGAACAGCUUUGAGCGCUUGUACAGCGUGAUAGUGCUGGUUCUCGGAAUGGUGGUCUUUUCUUCCACGGUGAGCUCGAUCACUGCCGCGACCAACAACCUCAAAGACAUCAAUGCGGUCUACAAGCACCAGAUUUGGACUUUACGACGGUACUUCCGCGAGCAGAAGAUCUCUGCUCAACUGACCAGCAGGGUCUUGAGAUACACGGAGUCCAUUGUCAAGCCCAGAUACCAGAAGGUGGAUGUUGGGCAGGUCAAAAUCAUGGCCAUGCUGCCGCAGAUCUUGACCAAGGAGGUUAACCUUGAGAUUUACGAAAAGCACUUGGUUGUUCAUCCACUCUUCCAAUCCCUCGGUGAAGUCAACGUGAGCUUCAUGCAGAAGAUUUGCUCAAAUGCUCUCAAGGAGUCUGCCCUCGACAAGGGUGAGAUGGUCUUCGGACCUGGGCAGGUCUGCUCUGCGAUGUACUUCGUGACACUGGGAGUUCUGGAGUAUUUCUUUUCGCAGGCAACAUUCCCCAACAUUGUUGACAAGAAGAUGUCGUUUUGCGAGGCAGUGCUCUGGACCCCUUGGGUUCAUCAAGGGAGGAUGUACACACGCACGGAGUCCACGGUCAUCGCCGUGGACGCGAAGCAGUUCCACGAUGUUGCUCAGUCUUUCAGCGCGGACAUGGAGCUCUUGAAGGCUUACGGCCGGGAGUUCGUGUUCUCCAUGAACGAAGUGGCUGGCAACUUCACGCCCGAGGAGGAGGAUGACGAGGAGCUUUCAGACUUGUUCCAUUCCGAAAAGGCCAUCCAAGUUCUCCCAGGCAAGAGAGCUUUUGAGGAGAGCAGUUACGCCAUCUCAGCCAACUCUUAUCUCCAAGGCCUCCAAGGGUUCAAUGUCGUUCGCAACCUGAUAUCGCCCACAAGCAGCCCAACCUUGGGAUCGAAGCUUGCGCCGGAGGACGUCCAGGACGACGACUCCCAGAUGCCUGACAUUCUCGACAGCAACGAGGCAGAGGUCGAAAGCCGCAAGUCCGAGAUUGUCGGGGAGAGAUGCUAA